GCCGGUGACGUUGUGCGCAUGCGCAGUGGGCGACAGACGCGAGGUGGGAAAAUUCAUGUGUGAAAGCAGCGAAAACAUGAUUUUUAGAUUCAGACUGUGAGAGAACGACUCUGCGAACCAGACACACGCGUCCCCCAGCUCUUCACCCGCAACUCAGGUCUCUGUCUGGAGCGCAGAAUACCAACCGAGCCUCACUGUGAAUGUGACCUUCUCUGUGAAUCCGCAGCUCACCUCUUUGUGCAGCAUGAAGAUCGCAGUAGAAGGCUGUUGCCAUGGGGAGCUUGACAAGAUCUACGAGACCAUCGCCUACCUGGAGAAGAAGGAAGGGGUGAAAGUGGACCUGCUGCUGUGCUGUGGUGACUUCCAGGCUGUGCGAAAUGAGGGAGACAUGAAAUGCAUGGCAGUGCCAGCCAAGUACAGAACGAUGCAAACCUUCUACAAAUACUACUCUGGAGAGAAGAAGGCUCCAGUUCUCACCAUCUUCAUCGGAGGGAACCACGAGGCCUCCAACCACCUGCAGGAGCUUUCGUAUGGGGGCUGGGUGGCACCAAACAUUUAUUAUCUGGGUUACGCUGGUGUUAUUCGCUACAAAGGGAUUCGAAUUGGUGGCUUAUCUGGAAUCUUCAAAUCACGUGACUACAGAAAAGGUCAUCAUGAAUCCCCUCCGUACAACCCUGACACUCUCAGAAGUGUGUAUCACAUCCGAAACAUUGAGGUGUUCAAAUUAAAACAGAUCCAGAUGCCCAUGGACAUUUUCAUGAGCCACGACUGGCCUCGAGGGAUCUACUACUAUGGCAGCGUAGGGGAGCUGCUGCGGAAGAAGAAGUUUCUGCGUCAGGAGGUGGAGUCAAACACUCUGGGAAGUCCCGCGGCUGAGGAGCUCCUGUCUCACCUCCAGCCUAACUACUGGUUCUCUGCUCAUCUUCAUGUGAAAUUCGCUGCCGUCAUGGAGCAUCCGCCUAAAGGUAAUGCUGCCCCACGUGUGACCAAAUUCCUGUCUCUGGAUAAAUGUUUGCCCUAUAGGGAAUUCUUACAGAUUGUGGAUGUUCCAGAGAGACCUGGUUCAUCUGAGGGUCUUGAGUAUGAUCCGGAGUGGCUUGCUAUUCUGAAGGCCACAAACAGUCUACAGAGGGCCACCCCUCACCCCUGGAACCCCCCUGAGAAUAAUGGCCUGCACGAACGGUGGGACUUCAGAGCUUCAGAAGCCGCCAUGAUGCAGGUGAUGGAGGCUCUCAGCGGUGAACUCGCCAUUCCAGACAACUUUAGCCGGACCGUGCCGGCCUACGACCCCAACAAGCCCCAGCCCCACGCCGCCCCCAGCUACAACACCAACCCUCAGACGACGGAGCUCUGUGCCACGUUAGGUCUCACGGACCUCUACGCCCAGGAUGGGCAGGUAGGUGAGGUGGGGAAUGUUCAUGGCAGCACUGGAGGGGAGGACGAUGAAGAUGGAAACAGUGUGGGAAGCGCAGACGAGCGGAGCGAAUAUCCAACGGACACCUCGGGACUAUCAAGCUCAUAUAAUCCUGAUGAGAUCACCAUAGAGGAUGAGUGGGAGGAAGAGGAGGAGGAGGAGAACGGGUCAAAAGCAGGAGCAAAGGGAGACAAGCUCUCUGACGUCCAAACCCCCGCCCGUAUGGUUCUGCCUGAGCCCAAAUCCAAUGUGUCACCCACUAACCUGUCCCUCUUGAUGAAGCUGCCACCUCCGUGCCACUCAACCCCAGCGGCAGCUCGCUCUCACUCUGGAGCAGAAAGUGAAGGACUGUGCGAGGGCGGGGAAGAGGACGAAUCCGCUGCACGAAUCUUAAAACGUACCAGUGACGAAGCUGUCAAUCCUGGGAGCAGAGGCACGACCCCCAUGAUCAAACGCAGGAACCAGGUCAUCUACGCUGCAGUGGAGGAUGAGGAGUGUGAGGAUUAGUGUGUCAGGGUGAGAUGAGGCAGAAGGUGAGGACUCCUCCCACACAACAUUUGUCCCAGAACGAACAAUUCUCCGUCAGUUUGUAUUGAUUUGUAAAACUUCACAUGUACUUACUGCUUGCUUUUUAUACGGCUUCCAACAUGAACUAUACAAAGUAGUGUUAUGGAAGCAUAAUAAUCAAUUGGGACAUAAAUUGAGAAACAAUUGAGCAACAAAAGUUUCAUCAGCAACCACAAAACAGCUGCCAAUACGUGUUUUCUACAGAUAUGGACUUUUUAAAAAAAGAUUAAGCUUCUUUUUGUUUCACCACAAACAGCUGGGGUUGCUUUUUAACCGCUGCCCUGUUUUGUUAAGUUAAUUAGUUUGCAUCAUUGUGCAUUUUACCUUUGUAAGUACCGCACAAUUACACAAACGGUCGAGUUAGCAGUAAAUCAAUAACUCCAGUGCACUUAAGAUAAGAUUGCUGUUUUUGUCAAUUUAGUUUUUAACAGACGAUAAAGCAGCUUUUUCUGUGGGAAUCCUUUACGUAAUGUUGUCAGAUACUUAUAACGAUAUGAAUUUGUUAGUGGGAGAAAUGAGUACGGCCUCGUUUUAUCAACCUGCAUCAGCUGUUUCGUGGUUGUCAGGUGUAACAUUCUUGCUCAAUCACUAAUAUUUUUGUCCUUAUCAAUCAUUUGUACCCAAAAACAUAAGAAAACACAUCUCAGGUUGAAAGAUCCCAGAUUUAUCCUUCAAAAUGUCCUUAAAAUGUAAAUUGUAAAUGACAAGAAUGUUAGUUUCUGCACUUAGUUUCUACAGAAGGGCAAUUACAGCCGUGAAAAUGUUUCUUUGUUCAAAUGCGAUCGACUUUUUAUACAUUUUAAUCAGACCAAGAAAAUUUUAGAGAACAGAUUUUUGAUUUUCUGUUUAAUUUUUUAUCUUUUGUAACUUCCAAGACAACAGCAAUGAUUAAAGAGGCUGUGAAAAUUAAAAUAUCCUUUCUUUUAAAAUGAAUUAACGCCAUCGUACUUACUUUUACAGCCAGUCUAUAAAAUCUUUCAUUUCACCUCUCUGAAGAAAAAGCAUCCUGCACUCAAAGUGCCAUUCACAGCUUUAUUGAACACUUUACAUACUGUAGGUGCAGAUGAGAAAUCAAGUCUUGUUUUAACGACUUGUCAUAAUUGCACAGAACACUGAACGUACCUGUGAUCGCUGAAGAAUGAACAGAUGGAUUUAUUAGUUUGUGAUGAGCUGAUGAGCACUUAGUGUCUUUAGAGGGACGAACAGAUUAUUUUAUCUUUUGAAUAGUAUUUGUUUCCCUAAAUUUUGAGGCUUUUUAUUAGUUUGCCACAUUUUUAGAAUUUGCAUGACUUUGAAAAUAAAGCGGAACAAAAGCAUUUUCCUGCACACCGGUAUUUGUUUAAAUCAGAUUCAUAACAUCUAUUAGUCCUUCAAACGAUACACUCCAGGUUCACAAGUGUGCUCUAAAGCCAACAUACACUUCCAUUAAAAUUAAGACAAUAAUAUACAACAUACAGUGUAUUCAACAAGAUCUUUACAUCCAUACAAAAAGCCAAUACAGUAGAGCCUAAUGACAGGGUGACGUGUUAUUGGUUUAUGAUACGAGCCGAUGUUAGAGAUGGUUUUUCCUGCACUUUGCCUACAAAGCUCACACGUAAAGAACAUGAUUCACAGAGAAAGAAAACUGGGAAUAGGCACUUCUGUUUAUUUUUUUCUUGUAUAUGUGCGGUUUCAUCUUCUACGUCUUUCUUCAUUUUCUUCAGCCAAGCCUUUUAGACAGCAACCAAGCACACACACUAUGUUUUAAGAGCAUUGCAUUAAGUUAAAUGAAUCAGUGAAACCAUGGAGAUGAAGAGACAGAUGAAGAACAGAGUAAACACAAGAUGUUCAGUUUUCUUCCUGUUGCUGCUUUUAAUUCCGUCCUGAAAUCUCCCAGGACUCCAGCCCCGAUGUUUUAUUUAUCUGAAUCCAUUAAUUUAAUCUCAGAUGGACUCAACUGUAGUAAUUGAGAGUAAGAACUUUACUCAGACCAGGAACUUUAAGCAUUUGAUGCAUCACUACUUUCUUUGGAUUUGAUGGAUUCUUUCUCUGCUACAGACGCAUGAUUAGUCACAGCAAUCGGUUUCCUGCUCAUACAUAACAAAACAUGUGACUUCCUACACUCACUCAAGUUUAUGUUUUUGCUGUUUAUAUUGUUGCUAAGAGCUGCAGCCUGCGAGGAUCACGUUUUUUCCUCAUGAGCACUCGAGCAACCAAAACGUCACCAGUCUUUCAUGAAACAUGCAAACUUUGUGUCUUUGGCCCUGUUCACACCUGGUAUCAAGGUGACCUCUUGUGAUCGAGUCUCACUUCCCCGCUCUACGUGCACGUACGUCAUUCGUGUUCGCGAAGACCAAAUGUUGUUAUAUGGACGUAGUCUGAGUUUACAGGUGUGUGUGUGUGUCGGGGAGAGAGUCAGGAGCAGCUGCAAGAAAGAUUUUAUCAAUUAAAUAGAAAUUCGAUUGAGUCGAUAUUGUGAUGGUGGCCACAAACAAAUCAUUGUAUUGUUUACAUGUUUACGUCACUGUGAAACUGGGUCAGAGGACGUCCUACAGUGUGUGUGUGUGUGCGCGCGCUUUGAUUCAGCGAGAAGAAUGUGGCCACAUGUGUCACAGACCAUGUACGAAUGUUGUUUGAGUGAUUAGAUCUCAGGACACGCUUUAGACCUGAACUGAGCGCUGACCACUUGUGAUCAGAUGUUAAUACCAGGUUAGAAUGUCCGCAAAUAAUCCAGAGGGAUGUAUGUGAGACUGAAAAUAUCUGGUCAACUGCCCCGGACAUUUUUCUGGAUCUUUCCCUGCAGCCCCCUGGGAAAACGUCCAAUUGAGUCCAUGUGAGAAAACAGCAGGAAAAUGUCUGUAAAAUCCACAGCGAGAAAGUGGGUUGAGGACGUUUCCGACACCCUACAAAUACCAAACUGUUAAAACGCUUUAUUUCCACAGCAGAAUUUAUACGUCAUGUCCCGCCUCCUCCUGCUGCAUUACCCAGGCUCCACCCCUUGCGUGAAUGUUCCCCACAUUUUCCUGUUGUUGACGAGUCUGACGUGGACAAUAACCGGAAAUAAUAAUAUAAAAGACAAAAAA